CCUGGCACAUAUCGACUGAAUCUGUUACAAUCUGGCCGCUCGAACUAUAAACAACCUCUCUGCACAAGUGGAUGUUCAAAUGCAGCUCUCACUCUCUGGGUAUUGAGCUGCUUGGUCUGCCUGAGCUGGGCCUGAUGGAAGGGGCAGUCGCCGAGUCAGGGAGAUGCUGAGCCGAACAGAACACAGAGGCGUGUGCAGGCUGCUAUCUUCAGUGAUGUCUGGAACAGAGUCUCACACAGACAGAGAGGAGGACUACAGGUUCCUCCACAGCAUGUUGAUGGAGAAGAAGCUGCACUUGCUCUUCAAGAUCCACGAGCGGCUGAAGCGGUUUGAGAAGCGAAGCCCCGUCCCCGUCCAAGAGCAUGCAGCACGUCUGGCAUCAGAUUUGGUAGAGGAACUCAUAUACCAAGGCUGGAGAGAUGAGGUCAAAGAACUGGUUGCUCUCUUUUCCAAACCCCACUUUAAGAGUCUCCUGCUUGUCCAUGACGCUGUAGCUCAGAGGGACUUUGAGCCGUCUCUUCCACCAGUACCUGACGAUGUGCUGGAGGAGGACGAGGAUUCAGUCAAAAUUGUCAGUCUGGUCAAAACCAAAGAGCCACUGGGGGCAACGAUUAAGAGGGAUAAAGCGACCGGGGCCAUUGUGGUGGCGAGGAUCAUGAGAGGAGGUGCAGCUGAUAAAAGUGGUCUGAUCCAUGAAGGCGAUGAGCUGAAAGAGGUGAAUGGAGUCUCACUGGAGAACAGGAAGCCAAAGGAGAUCCUUCCUCUAAUGGAUCGUUAUCAGGGUAACGUCACAUUUACGAUCAUCCCGGCCUCCUCCAAGGAAGAAAUGUUGUCAAAGAAGCUCUUUGUCCGGGCUCUGUUUGAUUAUGAUCCAAACGAGGAUCCCACUGUCCCGUGCAAAGACGCGGCGGUUUCCUUUAAAAGAGGCGACGUCCUGCAGAUUGUCAACAUGGAGGAGGACACCUGGUGGCAGGCUUGUCACCUCGGCGACAGCGACAGUCGGGCAGGGCUGAUCCCCUCCCCCCAGCUCCAUGAGAGGAGAGUCGCACUACAGCGACCCAAAGCCCUGUUCAAGCCUCGGCAAGUCAAACCACCAGAUGAGGGGGAAGUCACGGAGGAUGUCGACUACGGAGCUAUAACAGGGAUCCACGUCGCUGGUUUAAGAAGAAGUUUCCGACUAGGCAGAAAGAGCAGUUGGGCCAGAGAGGUGGCUCGGUCCAGGAGGUGGAGUGAAGGGGUACAUGGCUCAUUUCAUCCCCCUGCCUACAUAGAGGUGUCCCCCUAUCACAGAGACCCCAAGGACAGACACCGCCUGGUCGUUCUGGCUGGGCCCAGCGGCGUUGGCGUCAGCGAACUGAAGAAGAGGCUCCUGAUCUCAAACCCUGACCGUUAUGGCGUCACAGUGCCGUACACCACACGUGAGAAGAGACAGCAGGAGAACGAAGGGGUGGAUUAUCAUUUUGUGCCAAUUAACAUGUUUGAGGAGGACAUUCUCAAUCACAGGUUCAUAGAGUAUGGGCGAUACAAAGGUCAUUACUAUGGAACCAGUCUAGACUCUGUGCACAGAGUAAUGGCCCAGGGCAAGGUGUGCGUCCUGGAUGCACAUCCAAGUAAAAUAAAGCACGUGUACACAUCUGAAUUCAAACCAUACGUGGUGUUUGUGAAGCCGCCACGUAUCGAGGAGCUGCGUCUCACCAGGCGGCGAGUGAAAUUCAUCUGCGAUGAGGACGACGCAAACCCAGUCAAGAUCUUUUCAGGCGGAGUGAGGUCAAACACCCUGGACGUAACACACCCACCCAACCCCGCACAUGUACACAUGACCAAAGAAGAGGAUUUUGAGGACAUGAUCAACUUAGCUGAAACAAUGGAGAACCAGCACGGUCACCUGUUCGACAAGGUGAUGGUUAAUGGAGAUAUCGCCGUGGCGUUCAGGGAGCUGAAGGCAGACCUGGAGAAGAUUGAGGAGACAGAGGUCCAGUGGGUUCCUGCAGAUUGGAUCUGCUCCUCGCCAACAACGGAGCGGAGAAGUUGUGGUCAUUUGACCGGCUGGAUUUGAACUUUAAGCUCUUUAGACACAUAAGAUCCUCAGAUUAAGUUUCUUGUUGUUAAAUGAUGCGUUUUACUUUGAAAUUGUUUUUGACAGAACUUUGCUUGGAUGAGAAAUAUGCCAACCAUGUAUUUUUUUCUCCCAUAGGAUAGGCAACAUUUUUUAAUAAUUACUGUUUGUAAAAUAUAACGUUAGAUUUCAACACCUUGGAUGAAGAACCUUGGGCAACAGGUUUAUUUUUUUCAUAUUUUACACAUUUUUCCAUUUGUAAACAACUGCUGAUUACCACAGUUUUCCACAGUGUCCCUGAGCAUGGAUCUAAUUAGGCAAACAGAGUCCAUGUCCCUCUCCCUCCGUCUGUCUCAGAGCCAGUUUUUCUGUUGGCAUUUGGCUGAAAUAACGUCGGCUCGCAAGUCGAAGAAGAAGAAGAAGAAGAAGAAGAAGAAGAAGAAGAAGAAGAAAAAAGGAAAAGGAAACUCCUCCAGAGCUUGUGGCUGAGUGUAAUCCUUCCCUGCCAAGUCGCAAACAUCAGCAUGUAAUUAUUCUGACAGCUGCUGCACUUCAAUUAACUGUAAUGUACACCAGAGAAAUAUUAUUAGUAACAGUCGGGAAGACCUUAUUGCCAACAAUAUGCUGUAGAAAAUAGAGACACAACAGUCAAUUAAAAAGCAUAGACAACGCAGGCGUGGAGAUGGUGUUCUGGUGGUAUUGUGUAUAACAUUUAAAGACGAGGACUAUUAAAUUUAAAGUUAAAA